AUGCCGCUAUUGGGACUUCUCCUUCUAUCGACAGGUCUGGAAUUGGCACUGAUUCCAACUUCCUGCCCGGUAUCAGUCAUUGCCAAGGGACGGCGGGUCUUUUACAGACUCGAAGGCAGCAAGGAUGGGGUUCAGACUCGUGCCUUGAUCGAAUUGCUCGACGGCCCAUCGUGCGGUCGUGUCUACAUCGCGGAGUUCCGGCUCCUUAUUGGCCUCAAGAAGAAAUGGAAGACUUUGCUUCUGAUGAUCCAGUAG